AGCAGUCGCCAGUGAGACGCGGAUUCCCGCGAGCGGAUCGUGUUGGACUGUCAUAGUGUUGUCAUCAUCCCCACGAUCCGAUCCGCAGUAAAUCGUUCCCACCCGUGGGUUCCGUUACUGUUUAUUGUGAAUAAGAGGUUGUUAAGUUCCUGGGGACGUUGAAAAAUAAUCUUAAACAGUUACCAGUUCGUCCCUGGCAGUCAGUGUCACUACGUCCCGUUUCGUUUCCUUACACACCUGCAGGCCUCACAAACACAAGUAGUACGCACGCACACUCCGUCUCCGUGUGCGCGCAAACGACUCGCAAGAUGGCCGCCGACUCGGGAAUGGAGACGUGUCCCUCCCCAGAAAUCGCAGACUCCAGGAAGCGGCCCCUUGAUUGCGACGCUGAGAACGGAGCAACUAAAAGGUCUCACUACGGAUCAGCAGGAGGAGAUGGAAUGUAUCACCUCAAAGUACUCGUCCCAGGAGUGGCAGCGGGGGCCAUUAUCGGAAAGGGCGGUGAUACCAUUGCACAAUUACAAAAAGACACUGAAGCGAGGGUUAAAAUGUCAAAAGCACGAGAUUUUUAUCCAGGAACUUCUGAACGUGUGUGUUUGAUAACGGGAAGUAUAGAAGCUAUAAUGGCUGUUAUGGAUUUUAUAAUGGAUAAGAUUCGCGAGAAGCCUGACUUGACACCAAAAACAACUGUGGACUUUGAUUCGGGCAAGACAACGGCAGAGAGGGAUAAACAGGUGAAAAUACUAGUACCCAAUAGUACAGCAGGAAUGAUAAUAGGCAAAGCAGGGAAUUACAUAAAACAAAUAAAAGAAGAAUCUGGUUCUUAUGUUCAAAUAAGUCAAAAAGCUAAAGAUCUAUCCCUCCAAGAACGUUGUAUUACGGUGAUUGGAGAUAAGGAAAAUAAUCGUAACGCUUUGUUGAUGAUUCUUGCUAAAAUAGCGGAUGAUCCUCAAAGUGGUACAUGCCCAAAUGUCAGCUAUGCAGACGUAAGUGGGCCCGUAGCUAAUUACAAUCCAACAGGAAGUCCUUAUGCACAAGCACCUGCUACAACACCAACAUAUACAUCUCCAGCUGGCCUCAAUACCGUGAGUUUAUUAAAUGGCGCUGGUCUCAGUUUGAAUUUGAACUUGGGUGCAGCAAUAACUGCUGGUACAGCACCUGUGACAACUCAGCUUCUCGAGCACAUAAAAUUAAGUUUGAGGAGUGCGGGUUUUUCUGAGGCAGCAGCCACUGAAAUCCUCACGGCGAUCGCCACAUUAGCCAAAUACAAUAUUCUUGGUAUGGGUAUUGGAAUGCCAUCAAGUGUAAGCUAUCUGGGCAAUCCAAUUGACAGUGCGACCUCAGCGAAUGGGUCCAACAACAAUGGAGGAGUUUUUGGUCCAAUUGGCACGGUCCCGACACUCGGUUCUACAUCACCAACACCACGGAGUACACUUGAGCGAUAUGAAACAUUCGAUCCAUUUCGGCAGAACAACACUGCCGCAAGUGCCAUUCAUCUGAACAACAAUUCAUUCGGCCUGGGCACAAACCAAUUGUCACUCGAAAAAUAGCUUCACGGCAAGCAAUGUACGACGAGCAAGGACGAUUCGGAAAAGGAGCUUUCUACUGCGUACCUGACAGUAUUCACAGUUUGAACAAUAAGGUCGAUAUUACACAAAUACAAUCACUGUUGUGUUCGUGAUGUCGCCGAGAAUGCCGAGAAGCUGGUUUUCCUUUAACGUACCGCGGAAGAUACGGUCUCCUUGCAAAUUUAGGUAAGCAUCAAAGAGAUGUGUUUACAGACUAUAAUGUGGUCAAAGAACCAAUUUCAAUAUUAUAUUCAAUGUUUUUAUAUUGAUCAAUUAUCGCUAUAAGUCACAAUAAGUGAGACUUAUUCUAUGACAAAUCAAAAUUUAGCUUAACUUUCUUUCAUUUUUUUUUCUUAAUGCGCUAGAAAUGAUCAACAUUUAACAUCAAGUAUUUUGUGUAGUGAAUCCCUCUAUUUUUUAUUUUUUUUUUGAAGGAACUUGGUUAAUUAAAAAUUAUGCUUCAGCUAGAUAUUCCUAUAUCCAUUACCAUACAAAGUCUGUGCAUGUCUCUUUGAUGAUCCCAAUUCAAUGCAAUUUCCGUUAAGAAACCUUUAAUGAAGUAAUAUAAGCUCUUUAAAAGACUAACUUUUAUUUACCUUGGCCUUAAAGGUAGUCUGUUAAUGAAGUAAACAAAUUUUUCAAAAACGUAUGUAAUAUUGUUUAUACUUACAAUACUAUUCACAAAUUGUUAAUUUCUACAGACAUGAAAAAUUAUUAAAUAUGAUUUUAGAUAUAAUUUGAUAUUAUAUUCUAUAAAAUCAUAUUUAAUUUUUUUUUUUUAUCACAAAAGAGUUGAUGACUCUUAAAAUAAUUCAUUCAACUAGCACAUUCAUCACGAUGAAUUGUAGAAGAAUCAAUGUAACGUCUUCAUAUUUACAGUCAUAUAAAAGUAAAUUAUAUUAUAUAUCAUAAACUCAACUAAUAUAGAUGUGCACACGAGUAUUUUUUGGUUUUUGUUAUUAUUUCUAUAAUUAUUGAAAUUCAAUUCCACGUGUGUACACAUCAAUGUCACAUUAAUUAUUGUGAACAAUUAUAAUAAUAGAUGCGUAGAAAGACUUGAUACAGAUGGUCAUUUUUCAAAUUACAUGUCAACAAAUCAUUCUCUUUGCAAAUUUUCAUCAUUAACAUAACAAAGUUAAAUCAUUCAAUGUGACACGAGUAGUUAAAUAAAUUUAAUUAAAUUAAAAAGAAAGAUGGGUCUAACAUCAAAAAAUAUUUCGCACGUUGGCAAUUCAUAGUUAAUAAUUAAAACUUAAAAAAAAAAAAAAUCGUUUAAUAAUUACAAUGAAUAAAUAUAAAAAAUUCAUUGUAAAUAAAUAAAACGAAAAAAUCUCGUGAUAAACAAAAAAAAAAAAUUGAAGAAUAAAACAUCUUUAUUACCAUCCUGCGUGAUAUAUCACGUUACUUGGCUGUGUGUGCUAGGCUACAUCAUGAAUUUAUCAUUGUAUUAAUCAAUUAACUCAAAUCUUGUAGAUUAACUGCGAUUUGCUGAACAAUUAAGAUUAAAGUUGAAAAUUAACAUAAAAAAAUAUAUGUUAGUAACAAUAAUAAUGCGAAAAAGUUUAUUUGAUUUUUCUAAUUAUCAAAACGAUUAGAAAACAAUAAUUAAAAAUAUGUCAUCGUUAACUGACAUUGAGUAAAACAGAAAAAAAAAAACUAUAACAACUAAAGCAAAGAGCAAAGUAUAAUUGUAAAAAAAUUAACAACUAAACAUGUCACUUUUACGCUCCAUUAAAUUCUCUGUGCCAUAA